AUGGAAAAAAUGGACGAAAUGGACGAUAUGGACCAAAUCGGCGAAAUCGACAAAACCGACAACGUCUUCGACAUCCCCGCCCCAAACAAACUCACCGCCCUGGUCCAGAAGCUCAGAGACAUGCUCCCUCCAAUAAUCGCACGUGAUCCUGGCUUGCACUACGUCCGCAUCGCCAUCUUCAUCCUCGGCAUCAUCUUCAUCAUCCUCCUCGCGGCCACGACAAAGUCCUUCAUCAAGAUGGCCUACGACGCCUUCAUCAAAGCCUCGCCCAUCCUGCUCUGGCUCGCCUUCGCCCUCGUCGUGCUUCUCGUCACGCGCCAUCUCCACUACUGGCUCAUCCGCCAAGAAGAGUUUGUCCGAAGAGCUGCUGCUCUGGCGUCCAGGACUAACCAUAUCGAUACCUACAACUACAUGUUCGAGAUGACCGCUGCGGAGGAGGAGGAUCUUCACGCGUCCUAUUCUUGGAGAUCUAUGGGUGCGGAAGAGAUCGAGUUUGAGGAGCGGUUGAGGAAGCGGGCGGAGGAAUGGAAUGCUCGGCGGGAGAUCUUGGUUGGGGAGGUGGAGAUGUUGGAGAAGGAUAUCUGGCAGGGCGGACCGGAGCUGAAGGAGAGGCGUCGUGCUGCUUUCGUGGAUUCCUUACCUUACAUGGAAGACGAGCAUCCCGACGCGGGGCUCCUGUGA